AUGGAAGGUUCAAAAGACGCCAAUUCAAACCCGGGUCGGGUCGACGACUCAGAUUCAGAACUCGAACUCUACACCAUCCCAAGCUCUACCAAAUGGUUCGCGUGGGACGAAAUCCACGAAACAGAGAAAACAGCUUUCAAGGAGUAUUUCGACGGAACCUCAAUUUCAAGAACACCGAAGAUAUACAAAGAAUACAGAGACUUCAUCAUCAACAAGUACCGCGAGGAGCCUUCUAGAAGGCUCACAUUCACCGAGGUGCGAAAGUCUCUAGUUGGUGACGUUACGUUUCUGUACAAGGUUUUCCUUUUCUUGGAGAGUUGGGGUUUGAUCAACUACGGCGCGCCUUCCGGUGGUGACGGUGGGGAAGCAGAGAAGGAGCAUGAGGAGGAGAGGUGUGAGGUAAAGGUCGAGGAAGGAGCUCCCAGUGGGAUUCGUGUUGUGGCUACGCCGAACUCGUUGAAACCCCUUUUGCUGCCUCGCGAUGUCAAGGUUGGUACUGGUGGUGACAAUGGGAGGGGAGUUGGUAUCAAAAUGCCGCCGCUGGCAUCGUAUUCAGAUGUUUAUGGAGAUUUGAUUCGACGGAAGGAGGUCAAUUGUGGGAAUUGCGAUGACAAAUGUGGUUCUGGACACUACCGAAGUAGUAAGGAUAACCUCAUUAUCUGCACGAAAUGUUUCAAAAACGGGAAUUACGGGGAGAAAGGGACCAUGGAGGAUUUCAUAUUAAAUGAGUCAAGUGAAAUUAGUGCCAAACAUAGUGCUGUCUGGACGGAGGGAGAAACUCUCCUUCUCUUAGAAUCUGUUUUGAAGCAUGGAGAUGACUGGGAACUUGUUGUUCAAAGUGUUCAAACCAAGACUAAACUUGAUUGUAUUUCAAAACUCAUUGAGCUUCCCUUUGGGGAGCUCAUGUUAGGCUCUGCUCACAGAAAUGGUAACAGUAGUAGUGCUACUUGCAUCAUGAACAACGAAAAACAAGUUCAGUCUUCUUCAUCCGAUCCCCUAGAAACUUCAAAAACACAGGAAACUGCUACAGCAAAGGUUCAAUCAUCUGAGCCUAAAAAUGAAAACGAGCAGAAUGGAGAUGCUGUGUAUGAAAGUCCUUCAAAAAAGCAGCGUGUUGCUCCACUUUCAGAUUCCAGCUGUUCACUAAUGAAACAGGUGGGACUGCUCUCUACUGUGGUUGACCCUCAUAUUACAGCUGCUGCAGCUGAUGCUGCUAUUUCAGCACUUUGUGAUGAGAAUUUGCUCCCAAGGGAUAUAUUUGAUGUCGAAGAGGAUAGCGCUUCUAGUGCAAGAACUCUUGAGGGUGAAGAUUUAGAGAUGGUGUCGACUCAAUCAGAAGUAAAAGAUGGCAUACCAUUGACAAUAAGAAUAAGAGCUGCCAUUGGAACCGCUCUUGGAGCUACUGCUGCUCGGGCAAAAUUGUUGGCGGACCAAGAAGAGAAAGAGAUUGAACAUUUAGUAGCAACUAUAAUUGAAGCUCAGAUUGAGAAGUUGCAACAAAAGGUGAAACAUUUUGAUGAACUGGAGCUUUUGAUGGAAAAGGAACAUGCUGAAAUGGAAGAGCUGAAAGAUUCGAUUUUGACUGAACGGAUUGAUGUGAUGCGGAGGACAUUUAAAUCUGGCAUCGCUAGAUGGAAGGACUAUCCUUGUGCAAAAUCUUAG